UGGGAAGACGGGGUGGGCAAGAUGACCUCUAAGAUCUCUUCCAAAGCAAGGCUUCUAUGUUGCUUCUGAUCUAUUUGUGCAAAUUUGGAUGGAGACUGAUCUUCUCCAGCAUGCCAUCUAUUAUACCGAAGUUAGCUCCCAGUGGUUUACUUGACCCUGCUGUUUAACCGCACUGGCAUCCUCUUGGUUGCCCCAUUUUUCCAACCAUUCUAGCACAGUUUCCAUUUUCUUUUUUAAAAAAUUCACCCCUCCAAGGAAGAGGCAAUCAGACUUUUUUUGGGGGGGGGGACUCUCCAACUUGGACAGACGGGGCUUCAUGCCUCAACUUCCAGGCCAGAAGAUCAAUUCCGCUUACCAUAAAUGCAAGCAGGAUAUAUAUAUUUUUUCUCGUGCCCUGUGCGUCUCUGCAGACUGACCUCUUAGCCUAGCUCAGAAAAGGAGUUUGGGCUGGAGGGAAUUAAACAGAGGACGUUGCAAGAAGAGGGGAAAAACAGAAAAAAACCACGAAUGUUUUAUCUUUACUUUGAAUGAUGGCUAACACAUGUGAAUCUGAAGAACUGCGCACAAAACCGAAAAUGAAAUUCUCAGAGCCUGAAAAUCCUUGAAGAAAUCAAAAAAUGUGACAAGAUUCUAACAGAAUGUUAACUUUAUUCCCCAGAUCAUAGGGAUUAAACACUGCCAGGCUCAUACCCGCCUUUUUGUGGAGAAAUCGGUGACUUUGUGCCUCAAAGCAGAAGGUUGGACCUGGGUUCAAGAGACGCCUCGCUGCCAUCCCUUUGCGGCAGAAGGCCGUGUCCGUAAAGGGCAUCGGGGACGGAGGGCCUUCUGAGUGACCGGCGGGCCUUGGGUGUCCGGUGCCGGGCGGAUGGUCCCCCCUGGGCGCGAUGGCCUCCCUCUACGGCAGCGAGGGGGUCAAGUGCUUCAGCGUGGAAUGGGACUUCCUGCAGGGCCUGCUGGUCAAGAACCAGCCGGUGCCCUGCCUGCAGGCUCUACGGAAGGAAAAAUCCCGCAACGCAGCUCGCUCCCGCCGAGGCAAGGAGAACUUUGAGUUCUAUGAACUGGCAAAACUAUUGCCCCUGCCCGGUGCCAUCACCAGCCAGCUGGACAAGGCCUCCAUCGUCCGGCUCACCAUCACCUACCUGAAGAUGCGCCACUUCGCCCUCCACGGCGACCCACCCUGGACCCUGCGGGCAGAGGGCCCGGCCCCGGCAGGCAACGCUUCUGGUCGGAGAAAUAUGAACACGCUGCUGACGGAGCUCUUUGAAAAGCACUUAGGGGGCCACAUCCUGCAGUCCCUGGAUGGCUUCGUCUUUGCACUGAAUCAAGAGGGAAAAUUCCUUUACAUCUCCGAGACGGUGUCUAUUUACCUGGGCCUGUCACAGGUGGAGCUGACCGGCAGCAGCAUCUUCGACUACGUCCACCCGGGGGACCACCACGAAGUGGCCGAGCAGCUGGGGCUGAAGGCUCCCCUGGGCCUUGGUCACGCCCCCCACCCCAAAGCCUCCCUCCUGGGCGCUUCCUCUGAGGGUCCUCAAUCAGAUCUUUCUAGUUCCCGCACAGCCGAAGGUGAUGGAGCCCUGGAGCGUUCCUUCUUCAUCCGUCUGAAGUCCACUUUGACCAAGAGAGGACUUCACAUCAAGACUUCGGGCUAUAAGGUGAUCCAUGUCACGGGCUGUCUCCGUUCCAGACGACCGUCACAUUCCCACGGCCACUCAGUGCUGGGCCGGGUGCUGGGACUUGUAGCGCUGGCCCACACCCUGCCGCCCUCCACCCUCAGCGAGGUGCGCAUUGAAUGUCACAUGUUCGUUUUCCGGGUCAACAUGGACCUACAGAUCGUGUACUGUGAGAGCAGGAUCUCCGAUUACAUGGACUUGUGUCCCUCAGAACUUGUUGGGAAAAGCUGCUAUCGCUUCAUUCAUGGAGAAGACGUGGAGGGGAUCCAGCAGAGCCACCUGGACUUGUUAAACAAGGGGCAGGUGGUCACCCGCUAUUACCGCUGGCUGCAGAAGAGCGGGGGCUUCGUCUGGGUCCAGUCCUGCGCCACCAUCUCGAUCAAUGUCAAGAAUCCCUCCGAGAGGAACAUGGUGUGGGUGAACUACAUCCUCAGCAAGCCGGAAUGUAAGAACAUUGCCCUGGAUGUUUUCCAGGUUCCUGGCAUCCCCGCCAGACAGACAGAAGCGCCCAGCGCGGGAACGGAUUACAAAGAGAGUGACCGGGGAAAGCCGUGCCCAGCCAGCAAGCCAGCGGGGACCCUGGCCCAGUCCUACCCCAGGAGCGUGGCCGAAAUGGGUCGGCACUGCCACCUGGUGGAGAGCAAGUCCAGGGGUCCUGAAACCAAAUACCUGGAAGAGGAGGAGGAGGAGGAGGAGGAGGAGGAGGAGGCAUUGGAGGAAGAGGCUGGGAGUGACACAAAGACUCCCCCGAGGAAGCGGAUCAAACUGGAGUUCCCGCUGGAGAGCCCCCCACCCAAGGGGAAGGGGGAGACCUUGCUGGCUAGCUCCGAGGACUCCGACAGCAGCAGCGAUUCGGAGCCCGAGAUGGUCCCCCAACAGGCGGGGCCCCUGGCCAGGAAGGUGAAUGGCUGCAAGCCCGGCGGACGGAAGACCAUGGUUCCCGGCCGUCCCUGCAUGUCGGAGUUCACCUCUGUCAUCCAGACCCAAAAGGGCGCCUCGCUCAGAGCCAGCCCAGCCCUUAGCAUCAAAUCGGAGCAAGGACCCCGGGCCAAAGGGGGUCUCUGGACCUGUCCUGGAGGGAAGGGCAGCCCUUUCCCCAAAAACAAAGCCGUUCGGCUGGAGAAGCCCCUAGUGAGACAGGCACCCUCACAUUUGUUCGUCUCCAUUCCCGACUCUGUGCUCACCCCUCCCGAGAUGGACAGCGGUCCGGUCAAGGGGCCUUUCAGCACCUCUCCCCGGGUGGCUCCGUCCUCCUCAGGGGACACACUCUCGCCUCCGCUCUCGGGCUCCCCUUGUGAGGACCGGGGGACCGCCACCCCCUUCACCCCACUGAUCUACCCAACGGAGAUGGAAGUUCUCCAGAGGUUCCACACGAGCAACGUGGUUGUCCCCUUGAUGCAUCAACUCAGCAAUCCGCACGCCAGCUCCUCAGCGGGCUCCCCGGGACUCUACGCCACGAGCACCAUCCGUUACGCCCCUGCAGAUAUGACCCUGGCCAUGCCGAGCAACAUGCUGCCCCCUUCCCACCACCCCCUCAGCCUCAUGGACAUCGGCAGUGCCGAGGCCAAGACCUCGCGGGAGAUCAUGUACCACCACCUGCAGCGACUUAACAUGGUGGCCCCCUUUGGGAACUCGGCUAGUUUGGCCCAGAUUUCGGGAGGGGCCUUUACUGCCGCUGACUCUUUGUUUUCCACCCUGCCCUUCUCCGUGGCCAGUGGUGGGAUCCACAGCGGGCCAGCUCUGGAACGCAAGGAGGAUUAACACCCAUCGACGGUCCGUGAUCAAAUUGGUGUCUUCUUUGCCCAGAGAACCACGGUUGAAUCCUGCCUGGAAGAGAGCUAUCAAAUCUUGAGAUAGCUCGGUUCCGUGCUGGGGUGCUCACCAGCCUUUGCGAAACUGGGUGAAGAAAUCUUUAAUCCUGGAAGAAGUGGCUAACCACGUACCUGCUUAUCGCAUCCCUUUCCUAGUCCUCGGGGCAAAGGAGAGCGGAUGGACCGACUCCGUCUUUGGAAGAUCAGUGGUUGGUUGAAAUGGAGGAUUUUGCUUGGAGAAGCGUGGAAAACCUGUCCAAACGUCCAGGAAAAAAGACCCACAGACGUAUUAAGGGGCAUCUCCCACAUACCUGUGUUCCUGCUGCUACACCCUGACUGAUUUUAAAGACUUAGGGGAAGGGGGUUUGUCAGUUGUCAAAUAUAACCUGCAUUUAUGUGCCAAUGAAAAGUAGGCAGUCUUUGCCCGCAAUGCCUCUCCUAAAUGUGUUUAUUCCAGGCUGUCACACCAGCAGUUAACUUUUUUUGCUCGCGCUGAAUUAAUUCUUAAAAUAUGCAAUAUGAUCAAAUCCAGGAGGAUAAAUCAAACGGAUGUAAUAAAUAGGCGUGUGAACUUACCCUCCUAGGAACUUUGCCCUGUGGUCUUGCUGGGCAAAUCGACAGCUUUUUCCAACAUGGACUUUCCAGAUAUGCUGACCUUGGCCUCGGAGAGGGAAUAAGGGAAUUAUCCCUUAAGGAAAUUAGUUGGAUACGUUUGGAAGGCAGCCCGUGACGGGGGUUGACUCGACUCCUUGCGUUCAGUUUUGACAGAAAGAGGCGCUCUCGUUCUUCCCACAGAUUUGGAGCAAGUGAUGAAAACACUUGUGAACCCAUCGUAAGAUCAUGGGUGGGUGGCCGAGUUAAACACACAGCACAUGCCAUGUUCUCCGUGGUCGGGCGAAGAAGCAAGAUUACAGGUCAAGUUCUAGUUAAGCAGAUUUAUUCCUCGUACCUAUAUGGAAGAAUCUGUAGUCAAUUCAUGGUCAGCACUAAAUUGGAGCUGGAAAAGAGUUAGCGGAAUUCAAAAAGAGUUGAACCUGGACCAUUUGUGAGAACGUAUCGAUUCCAGGCUGAUUCCUCUCUUGACUCCACCUCCAGCUUCUGCUUGUGCUUCUACAUCAGGGAUGUUCAAC